AACUUUAUGGCAAGAGACAUAAGCAAAGUUUUCGAAUGAAAUUAAUAAACAGCUAAAAACAGCAACACACCCUCACCUCUGCUUGGCUUCAGACUGCGACGACACAAUGAGUAUUGUAGCAACUAGAACUUGUUACUAAGGAAACCGUAUCCAAGGGCAACAGUUGCUAAACAAAUCAGCCAAGCAGCCAUUUGCACCAGAGUUCUCCAAACUCAAUUAUUUCAGUUAUUUCAAGCAAGUUGGAUUUCGAUUUAUUUUAUAAUUUUAUUUUUUUAUUUUUAGUCAUAAUGACAGAUAUGUUUCCUGCCGAAAGUAUUUAUAAUCUUAUACCCCGAGAGGAGGUUAAAGUUACCAAACAGCCGAGACACACGUCAAAGUUUCGGGAAACUGUCAAAGAAGAAACCCAAAGGCACAAAGCUCCAAACAAAACCAUGGGACCAGUUAAAGUAGAUGUCCCUUCUCCAGAAAAGUUCUUGCAGAAACACUCAAAGGAACCAAAACUUGCUAACACUACUGAAGGUGGACUACUUGAGACACCAUUAAAAAAGCUGUGUGAUGAUCAGAAGAAACCUCGAGUACCACUCAGAACCGAUCACCCAGUCAUGGGGAUUCAGACCAAGAAGAACUUCAUCAAAACCAAUGCCGUUGAAACGAUUAUGUCAGUGCCAAAGAAGCCCCAACCAAACUAUGUGGACACAAGAAGAGGAGACAAGCAACUUCUGGACACUUCAGGACUUGUUCCAAAAUUCACAAAUAAAAAGGACUAUGGACAGACUCCUGAAUAUCUGAUAAAGCGAAAUGAAGAGGUGCAGAAGGCCCAGGAAGAGUAUGAUGCCUAUAUAAAGGAGCGGAUUCUACAAGGAUCAAUGAAGCAGCUCUCUGAUGAAGAAAGGGAUGCAGUUCUCCAGGGUCUAAAGAAGAACUGGGGGGAGCUCCAUCACCAAUACCAGGGCAUCUCUGUAGUAACUGACACAACACCAAAGAAGUACCGCAAGGAAAGACUGGAGACAGAGAUGAAACAGCUGGAGAAAGACAUUGAUAUGAUUGAGAGACACAAAACGAUCUACAUUGCAAAUAGAUGACUUUCCACAGGGUUCUGUGUUAAAUAAGUGCUAUCAUGUGUAAUAAUAAAUCAUACAAUCCAAAGUAAAUAAAGUUAAAGUUAUUUUAAAUCAAUGAUACCACCUAUUGUUACAGUCAAGUAUAUUUUCCAAAUGAGCUGUGGUUCAUACUGGAUGUUACAUAGGUACUGCAAGUGGGAACCAGAUGAACCAUUAUUUAUAACCAUGUUUUUAUUGUAUUCUUUUUAUCUAACAUAGCUAGUAGUCCUGCUGUAUGCAACCAAAAAAUUGACUACACAGGGGAUGCAAUCAGUAACAUAUUAGUCCCAUUAAUAAACUG